CCUCUGCUGGUCAGGACACAGAACACAGGCUUCACACACUUCAGCGUCGGCUUCACUUUCUGGACCUGGUUUUUAAAAAGUCUGUGUGGUUUCACCUCAUGACAGUUUUUAAACGUAGCAUCAGAGUUUGACUGAAACGAUCACAGACACUGCGGAAUCACUUCAUCAGUUUGAUGGUUUUUUGUAUUUAAACAUUUUUCUUAUUGAGAGUGGAGUCAAUAUGAGCAUAGCAAGAAUAUAAAUAUGAGAAUUAAUAGUGAGUUAUCAAAUGCAACAUAUAGAUAGUUGGUAAAUAUACAAAACUAAUACAGAAACCAUUCUGUGACCAUUUUAUGAUUUGUGCAAAAAGAGAUUAACCCCCCCUAAAAAAAAUACAGUAUAUAUAAGAGAAAUACAAUCUCAAUUUUGACCAUAUGGGCCCUUUAACAUUAAGCAGAUGAGCAGAGAGGAACGGACGGCAACGGUCAUAUUUUACUGGACAUAAUUUAUAUUCAUAUUACAUAAACAACAGGGAAAAUGCACGAGCCCACUGUUGACCUUUGACAUUCGGCUUACAUCCCUGCAAGGUUUUAGUAUUUCAUGUUUAGAUAUGUGUCUAUCUGCACUUGUGAUAAAGAAAAUCGUAGAUUAUGAUGAGGUCAAAUAAAUAUGGUUGUAUUAGACGUUUAUUGCAAACUCACUGGGCUGAAAACUACAGACUCAUGUUGUGUCAGUAACAGCUGCUGUAAAUGCUACAAACCAUCUGGAGUCAUGUGCUCGCUCACGUCCGUUCCCCUGAGGCCUUUUAUCUUAAUUAUUUAUUUUUCCAGAAAUAGGAAAGAAGGUUUUUUUGUUUCUCUGUUGCUGGUAAUAAAAAAAAUGUCAUAAAUUGGGACUUCCACCUAAAGUGACUUCUUGCAUCUUUGCACCGUAUCCAGGCAACGAAUCAUCUUAGAUUCUUUGUCCACAUCCAGGAGUUGGAAACGAUCUGGACCAGAGUGUCAGUGUCUCUGGAUCAGGUCUCCAUGUGUCGUGUUGGACCAGUUCUGAUUGUCCACUAAUCCAGUUCUCAGAUUAUCCCGACAGUUGGAGCCUACCAACAGAAUCAGGAGACCUCAGACGGACACACUGGAGGAACUAAAUCUCCCAGCAUGCCUUGGGUGUCUGCUGGGAGUUCCUGGAUGAAUAGCUUGGUUCUGUCGGAUGGUGUGUGUCUCUUCUCCUGUUACUGUGUCUCGCUGCAGCGCAGGCCUGCUUCCUCCUGCACAUGUCCAGGCUUCACCGAGGAGUUUCCAUCGGAGGGGGAAGACAUCCAGAGGGAGACCGCUGCGUCUGAUUGGCCGGUUCACCCCUUUACAGGCCACCAAUCAGACACUGUCCUCGUCGUGUGACUGCAUGUGUUUCCCUCUCAUCUCUGAGCUGAACUGUCAGCCUGCGCAUAUUUUUUUAUGUUUUUAGCGCUGCAUGCAAUUCAUGAGUGUGUGUGUAAGUGUGUGUAAGUGUGUGUGUGUGUGCAGGAUGCAAAACUCUGGAGCUGUGAAGGAGGGGGAGGGGCGAGGACAGGGAUGCUGAAGAAAUUAAUGAGAACAGACGGAAAGGAGGAUAUAUAGAAGAGGAAGAGGAGGAAGAGGAGCGUGAUGAUGGACAGAUGUUGAGGAGAGAGGGACAGAGAAAGACCCAGUGAGCAGAGACUGACGGAGAGAGUGAGGAGGAGGAGGAGGAGGAGGAGGAAGAGGAGGCGAUCUGCUGUAGGAAGCAGCAGCAUCGUCGAUUUACACAGGCUCUCCUCUGUUGCCGUGACGAUGGGCUGCUGGCUCUCUGGACCAUGGAUGGGCGACCAAACGAUGAGUGGGCGGAGUCUAGCAAACCUGAGCCAACGGGAUAUUCUGCGAAUCCUAGCGGCCAGUCAACAUCCAAUCACCAUGCAGAUCAAGGGUCAGCGGGGGUGUGGCACCGAGGCAGACAGGGGCGCCUGGGAGCCCCUCCCCCUCAAUCUGCAGCACCUCAACCUGCCCCUCCCAGUAAUGGGGGCGGGGCUUAACGCCUCCAGCCCCUCCUACCAGGACAGACUUUACUACAGUCACCUGUCUCUGCCACAAGACCACUGUGAUGGAGGACGGUACAGCUUCCUGUCCAGCUCCCCGGGGGACACCGUGGACAUCGGUCACCAGGAUCCAGAACUGACCGGUCGUCGGCCGAAGGAUGGGAGCUGCCUGAUGGGAUGUUGCAACACCAACGCAGAAGAAGCGAAUCGCUGCCACAGUCAGACUGACGACGAGGACUUCAUGCUGGAGAAGCCGCUGGGCUUCCUGCCUCUGCACCACGAGCUGGACAGCGGUCUGGGCUGGACCGACGGCUCCAUCCACCAGGGGGACCUCUCAGGGCUGGAGACCGAGGAGGGAGGCCUGGAGGACUGUCACUCACACGGGGCCCUCGCCCCAGGUGGGUGCGGGGGCUUCGGGGGCGGCGGCUCUCCGUCCUCCGAGUCCUUCAUUUCCUCGGAGCUCAGCGACUCCGGCUU